AUGAACACUCUCCAGCCGCGCGUCACCACUUUACGGUCUAUCGCCGACCUCGUAUUGGCCUCGACCUCGACCACGCCAUCGCACGCCCUGCAGUUUGCUCGAUCCAGCAGGCCCCUAUAUCCAUGGCAACCGAAAUGUAGAACCACAGCUGCAUACAGUACCCAGGCGUCUCCUCGACAACUCCUGGUAGCUACCACAACAUCAGCUGGCCGGCCACAAGUGACGCGGCUUUCGUCUGCCAGCACGAAGGGCACUUCUAGUCGUUAUUCCCACAAUGCGACAACACCUCGGGCGUCACACAGCGUCGCCAGCCCUGUGAUCCACGAACCUGUUGUGCACGAUGUCUUCGAAGAAACGACAGGCACAUGGCAAUAUGUCGUUGCCGAUCCCGCGACGUUGACCGCCGUGAUAAUAGAUCCGGUGCUGGACUAUUCUCCAACAACGCACACUGUGUCGACAGAAGCAGCCGACUCUCUCCUUUCCCUAAUCAUGUUCUGGGGGUACAAAGUGGACAUGAUCCUCGAGACACACGCUCACGCAGACCACCUCACCGCCGCGUCGUACUUACAGCACCGUCUUGCACUGCAGCAAGGCCACAGACCACUCAUCGGCAUUGGAAAGCGGAUCGGUCAGGUCCAGAGGCUGUUUGGGGAAAGAUACGGCAUCCCCAAGGACGAGUACGAGGACGUGUUUGACAAGCUUUUUGACGACGACGAGACGUUCGCCAUUGGAGGCUUGGAAGCCAAAGCCACGCAUCUCCCAGGUCACACGCCCGACCACCUGGGCUACAAGAUCGGAAAUAACGUGUUCUGUGGCGAUUCGAUCUUCCAUGCGGACAUUGGCACCGCGCGCUGCGACUUCCCCGGAGGGAGCUCGACGGACCUGUUCGCCUCGGGACGCAAACUCCUCGCACUGCCGGACGAGGUCAAGAUCUGGACAGGACACGACUACCCGCCCGAAGGCCGCGAUGCCCCGGUCCCCUGGAUGACCGUUCGGCAGCACAAGCAGCGAAACAAACACCUGAGAGAAGGUGUGACGGAACAGGAAUUUGUUGCGCUUAGAGAUGAGCGUGAUGCGAAGCUGGGUGAACCGCGACUGUUGCACCAGUCACUGCAGAUGAACAUCCGGGCAGGGAGGCUUCCAAAGCCCACGACUUCGGGACCGGCAAUGCUGCAUCUCCCGUUGAAGGUGAGGGGGUUAAGAUGGUAG